AUGGGCAAGCAGGUCGAUCUUAACGAGCUCAAGAACCACAAGUCCGAGGACUCGGCUUGGGUUGCAGUCGAGGGCAAAGUCUAUGACGUUACUGGCUUCCUUGACGACCACCCAGGAGGAAAAAAGAUCCUUCUGAAGAACUGCGGCAAGGACGCCACCGAGGCUUUCUGGUCCUACCACAGUGAGAAGAUCCUCGAAAAGGUAGCUGCUGAGUACGAGAUUGGAGAGUUCAAGGACUCUGCUAAGCUCUAA